GGAGCUUUGCAUUCCCCAUAAGACAACUGGCUUUGAGCAAAGACUGAAAAAGCUGCAAAAAGUUUGAGUGUCUUCACAUUUAAUUAGCAGCAACGACUGAGGUUGGAAUUAAAAUGGCAAACUUUUUCCAUUAUAAAAUCUUGGCUGCAAUUAUAUUCUUUGCCUGGAUAACAACGUUUCAGACAAAUCAAUUCAUUAACAACAAUUCCUGUCGCAUACCCGAUCCGGAUCCUUUUGAGGCGGACUUAAUGAAGAACUUUAAUCGGCUUAGCUAUAAGCCCUGUACCUUGCUACAACCAUUGACCUACGUGGAGUACAACGAAUAUACAGAGAGCUAUGUGCUCUAUAUUAAUGAAUCUGUGAUAGAAACAUACGUUAAGAUCGAUCUGGAAUUCGCUGUGCAGCCAGAUGUUUCGCUAGAUUGCUGCUACAUGUCCGUAAUUCGGAGAAAUGAAAAUAAAAUAGAGAUGGAAGAGUGUGAGGGCUUUAAGAGCAGCGUGGAGUUGCCCAAUAAGCUGGAUGGCUUCAUAGUACGUUGUCGAUUGAAUGGCAAACUAAUCUAUACAAACGGCCAUGCAACUGUUCCAGAGCGUGUGCAGUUACGGCAGCGUCUAAGCAAUUGGACAGCAGCAGCUGGUGGUCGAGCCAGACCCAGCGUUCUUCUGAUAGGCAUUGACACCAUGUCGCGUCAGAAUCUAAGGCGUGCCAUGCCAGACACGCAUCGUUAUAUGGAGGCAAAUAAUUGGUUUGAAAUGGCUGGAUAUAACAAGGUUGCUAACCACACCUUUCCGAAUUUAUUGCCAUUUUUGACUGGACUCAACUUAACCAGCGUGCUGAAGACGUGCAAUCCAUAUCUGUUUGCUGGACUGGACAAGUGUAACUUCAUUUGGCAGCUCUAUAGUGAGCUUGGCUAUGUGACAGCUUUUGGAGAGGACGAUGUGGCCAUUAAUACAUUUAACUAUCGGAAACAUGGAUUUUGGGAACGUCCAGUGGACUAUUAUAUGCGUCCUUAUUUGAUGGCGGCGGAGCACUGGCUGGAUAAGACGGAACGGGCGGACUACCAGCAAUGCUUGGGCUACGUUCACACUUCGGAACAUGUUUAUAACUAUGCCUUGGAAUUUACCAGGCGCUAUCGCAACGACAGCUACUUUGGUAUGUUUUGGACCAACACGCACAGUCAUAACGCGAUACUAUAUCAAUCCAGUGCCAUGGAUAAGUAUAUGGUGGAGUUUCUGCAACGUCUAGUGCGGCAGGGUACUAUGGAGCAUAGCGUGGUGAUAUUAUUAAGCGAUCACGGCGUACGUAGGGGAGGCUCUAAUCAAACUCGUUUGAGUUGGCUGGAGGAUCGGCAACCGAUGCUGUUCAUAUGGUUGCCAGGAUAUCUGCGACAACAACAACCAGAGCUGGUAGAUGCGCUGCGUAAAAACCGCAAUCGCUUGACGAAUCCCUUUGACCUAUACAUGACCCUCAAGCAUCUUUUAGCGCUAUCAGGUCGCAGCACUCGUGAGAUGUAUACUAGCGCUGCGGAUUGCGCCCAAUGCCAGAGCCUCUUGCUGCCUGUUAGUCCGACAAGGCGAUGUGCGGACGUUGCCAUUGCAGAUCAUUGGUGUACCUGUGGGAAGAUAUGAUUGUGUAAGCGAUGCAGUAAUUUGCCGAAAUAGGGUUACUUUAUAUAAAUCUAUUAUUGAUCGUAUUGUCUAAUUAUUUUGAAAACAAUUAGUCUCAAACGUUUUUUUUUUAAUAUUCAACCAUCAAAAAAUAAUAUUCUCCACAGCGAUUGUAAAGCUUAUCGAGCAAUUUAUCGAAUUUGCUUAAGAUAUUAAGAAUACGAAUAUACUUGGCUUAUGUGUGUUGAGCUUGCUGAAUAAAAUAUAUUU